UCGUCACCAUUCUUUCCACACGCUAGAACCGCGAGCGUGACCUUGUGCGCAGGACGUCCACCAUGCGGCCAACUUCAACAGUGAUACAGGGAUUUGUGCUGGGACUUUGGGUUGCGAGGGCCAGCGCCGAUUGCUAUGCGCAUGAUGGUGUCCUAGCGAAGAACUCGGCGGCCUACACGAAGCCCUUUGAGAUGGUCUCGUGUGGCAAUGGGACGAACAAUUGUUGCUUCCAGGGCGACAAAUGCGGCUCUAACUUGUUGUGCUACGACAGCAAUGGCAACACGGUCCGACAAUACUGUGCUGACCUGAACUGGAAUGGAUGCUCGUCUAUGUGUGCUGACUAUGCGCCUUCCACCGGCACCCUCCUCGUCGACUGCGGGAAAAACAUGUACUGCUGCGGCGCAGUGGAUGAGUCCUGCUGCGAAGACGACAGCCAGCACUUUUUCGUCGACCCCCUAAACGGCGACGUAAAGCACCCCUCCAAAGCCACCGGGGCGUCGGCCACCGCUUCGCCAACAUGGUGGACCGUCGACAGCAAGGCGCUCCUCGCCGCAACAAGCACAUCCUCCGCAUCCUCCUCAUCAUCUGCUACGUCGACAGCCGAGUCCACGAGCGAAUCGUCAAGCGCAUCCACCACCGCUUCACAAACAUCCACACCCACACCCACGAACACCGCUCCCCCACAAGGAGAGGGCUCAAAGGGCAUAUCCGCCGGCGCAGGAGCCGGCAUCGGCAUCGGUGCGGCCGCCGCCGUAGCCCUACUCGCAGGCCUCGCAUGGUUCCUGCUCAAGCGGCGCAAGGGGAAGAACGCGUAUGAGGCGCCGAUCGAGCAGGGGCAUGCCAACAACCCCUACGGCGCUGCGGGCACUGCGUAUGGUGGUGCUGCGUACCCGGGAGAGGCUAAACAUAAUGACUACUACGCACAUGAUGGGGGACACGGGCAGGGGGCACAGGGCGGUGUGAUGCCGCAAGAGUUGGAUGGGAGAAUGGGAAUGGCGGAGGUGCAUGGGGAGUCGAGGAGAGUUUAGGAGCGGAAUGAGGGGAGGUUGGAUUUUUUGAUUCGGUCGAUGCAGAUACCC